AAUGGCGAGCGGGUAGUGGAUUUCUUCUAUAUUUAUAUAACGAUUUUCUUUCAAAAUACCAUUCAUAUUUUCUCUAUUUAUACAACUAGCGACAUCCUACGACUGGUCCGAUAUUACAGUAAAAGCGACCCCACCGUUUCCUUAAGAAAUAAACUUCUAGCCACGUCUACGUUCAUCGGUAAAGUAACUGAACAAGCAAGGUUUGCAACAGUUUGCAAGAUGGUGAAAGUGCCACCUGUCAAGUGGCUUUUUAAAUCUCAAUAAAGGAGUAACAAUUCGUUGAGUUGAGCUAAAUCGUGUAUAACUCCUGACCAAUGGUUAUCAAGUUGAAAGUAUGUGUUAACAUCAACAUUUAUUAAUCAUUGUUAAUAAGAACCUAUAAGUUGUAAUGAACAGUAUAAUCUUAAGUUGAAAUUACUUUUUACAAAUAACCUGUCACUAACAACGCAAUCAAAUGGAGACAUUAGAUUAAGAAGAAUGAUUUCAACGCGAUAUGCGUCAUUCGUAUUAGGAAUUGUGAUAGCUUCGGUUACAUGGGCUUUCAGUUUGUAUCUUUAUUCGAGACUUUCACAGAAUGCAAAUACCGCAAAUCCAACCAUGCUGGUUUCCGAUACUACGAAACCUCUUAAGGAAUCCAUUUUUGAUCAAAGAAUUGUCCAAGAGCAAGGGCCAAUUUUUAGGGAAAAAAUUACACCUAAAUUGAAUAAUGGUCACGGUGGUAAAGAAUCGAUUAAUCUCGAGGGCAUGAAACUGGAGAAAAGCUAUAAAAACAGUGAAAAACUCUUGAAUCAGUUACAGCCAAUUGCUAUUAAACCAGAUGUUCCUUUUGGCCAAGGACUCGAUGAAUUAGGGAUGGUGAGAAAUUACAAGGAACAGCGUAAAAGAGAUGAAGGAUAUAAAAACUAUGCCUUCAAUGUGUUAAUUUCCGAUAAUCUGAGUCUUCACAGAGAGAUACCCGACACGAGACAUAAACUUUGUCAGCAUAAGACAUACCCACAGAACCUGCCGAAUGCUAGCAUCGUUAUCUGCUUUUACAAUGAACAUUAUGCAACGUUACUGAGGUCGUUGCAUUCUAUAGUUGAAAGAACACCUGCGACUCUUUUACACGAGAUAGUACUGGUAAAUGAUUACAGCGACGACGAUGACCUACAUGAAAAGGUGAAACGAUACACAGAGAGCCAUUUUGAAAGCAAAGUAAAACUUUUCAAAACGGAACGAAGGGAGGGUUUAAUAAGGGCAAGGAUAUUUGGCGCGAAGAAAGCAACUGGAAAGGUCCUGAUCUUCCUCGAUAGUCACAUAGAAGCAAAUAAGGCAUGGAUCGAACCGUUGUUGGCUAGAGUGGCACAUUCCAGGACAAUCGUACCAAUGCCUGUCAUCGAUAUUAUAAAGGCAGAUACUUUUGAAUAUACCAACAGUCCACUGGUCAGAGGAGGUUUCAACUGGGGCCUUCAUUUUAAAUGGGAUAAUCUACCAGUCGGAACUUUGGUACACGAUCAAGAUUUUGUGAAGCCCAUCAAGUCACCGACCAUGGCAGGAGGACUGUUCGCGAUGGAUCGGGAAUAUUUCACGGAGUUAGGAGAGUAUGAUUCUGGCAUGGACCUCUGGGGUGGUGAAAACUUGGAAAUAUCAUUCAGGAUAUGGAUGUGUGGAGGAAGUAUAGAAUUAAUUCCAUGUUCUCGGGUUGGUCAUGUAUUCCGAAGAAGACGACCUUAUGGUGGCGAUGAUCGGCACGACACCAUGCUAAAGAAUUCUCUUCGAGUGGCAUACGUGUGGAUGGAUGAUUACAAAGAAUAUUUUCUCCGAGAUGCUGUAAGAGGGAUAAAUUAUGGAGACAUCUCCGAGAGAGUGACAUUACGAAAACAACUCAAGUGUAAAGAUUUUACAUGGUAUUUGAAGAACAUUUACCCGGAAUUAACCCUACCGGAUGACACCGAGAAACAUUUUAAAGACAAGUGGUCAAAGAUUAAUAAAAAACCAAUGCAACCAUGGCAUUCUAGGAAGAGAAAUUACACUGACUCGUACCAAAUUAGAUUCGCUGACAGCUCUCUGUGCAUUCAAAGUGAGAAGGAUAUUAAGACGAGAGGCGCCAACUUAAUUCUGGCACCAUGUUUGCGCAUCAAAUCCCAGAUGUGGUAUGAAACGGAUAAGAAAGAACUUGUCCUUGGUCAGAUGCUCUGUUUGGAAGGAGGUGAAAAAGCUCCCAGGUUAGGCAAAUGCCAUGAAAUGGGUGGUAAUCAAGAGUGGCGCCAUAAGGGCAUUAAUGAUACUCCAAUCUACAAUGUAGCAGCUGGGAUGUGUUUAGGAGUACUUCGUGGGGCAAGCCACUCUCGAGUUACCAUGGAUUUGUGUAAUAAGCCCAAUACUUCAACGAUAAGUUGGGGUCUUAUUCGAUCCGGGGCCGUGAUCAAGGAGAUUGGAUGACGUUGGCGAAGAGCUCGUCGAAGUAGACGACGAAAGGUCGAAAACUGGUUCGAGCGAUAAUGGUCAUUCUUGAGAUUAAUUUAAAUGCUUGUGCAGUCCGACGGAAGUCCAAGAUGGCUCAAAGAAAUUGAUUUUGGGUUCUUUAACUCUUUUCUUUCAACAUCAUACAGUGCAUGCAAUGCUCUCUAUUUUAUACACAUUUUCCUGCCUUUUCUAAUAUUAAUUAUGGGUUGAGUUGGGAAAUGUUGAUUCAUAAAUUGCUUAGAAUGCAUGUCAAUUCAAGGUCUUGCAAAUAAUUGUAUGGUAAGGUUCAUGAUUUCAGUGUUGAAUUCAUUAGACCAUGCAAGGAGUUUUGACACAUUAAACAGUUUAUAAAUCUCUCACAACACCUAAACCAAAACUCUCUGUUUAUGUUGAGCACAUAUCAGAUUAUCUAAUGAUAUUGUGUAUAUAUGUAUCAAGUUGAAACAAUUGGUUUGUUAAUUAUUGAUAUAAAUGGUUUCAUAAGGAUACGUCCAUGA